AUGGGUAAAGCCAAAUUAGCUCCCUCGAAGGGACAUUCUAUUCCAAGACUUGAACUGUGCGCCGCAGUCCUAGCGGUUGAGGUAGGGCAGGUUGUUAGUGAAACACUGGGUCUGCAGGAUGUGAAUUAUCACAGUGAUAGCCGUGUUGUCCUUGGCUACAUCAAUAACAAGUCAAGGAGAUUCCAUACUUAUGUAGCAAAUCGUGUGGAGAGGAUUCUGCAGAGUUCACACCCUUCCCAGUGGGAAUAUGUCGCCACCGUUAACAAUCCCGCAGAUCAGGCAACGCGAUCUUUAGCUAGGGUGGAAGGUUUCGAAACCAGUUUGUGGCUGUUAGGACCAAAACAGCUCCGGGACCUUAAACGCGUCGAACCAUCGGUGGAUGCGUUCGAGUUGGUGAAUCCUGAGAACGACAAAGAAAUACGACCCAACGUCACAAUUGUGUCAAACAAAACUGUGGUAGGAGAUUUCUGCGACCGAUUUGAAGGCUUCUCCAGAUGGGAACGUCUUGUGCAUGUUGUUGUUCGGAUAAAGGAGGCGGUGCGACGCUUCAGAAAGAGGAAGGUUGAAGUUGGCGCGGACUAUGAUUCAGCCCCUAUUGCCAAAAGUGACGCAGAAGAUGCGGUCUUGAGGCAGGUGCAAUAUUCUGCUUUUGGAAACGACAUAUCCCACCUGAGGAAUGGCAAGCCAGUGGCAAAGUCUAGUCCCAUCAAGGAUCUGGAUCCUUACAUAGGUGACAGAGGCUUACUUAGGGUUGGCGGUCGACUGAAGCUCCGUAAUCUUCCUCUCCAAGAGACAAACCCGUUGAUCUUACCAAAGAAGCACCAUGUGUCACUUCUCAUGGUGCGACAUUAUCACGAGCGUGUCCAUCAUCAAGGUCGGCAGUUCACCGAAGGGGCACUUAGGAGUAACGGUUAUUGGAUAAUUGGCGCGAAAAGGCUGAUGUCCAGUAUCAUCAGAGAUUGUGUCCCGUGUAGGAAGCUGCGUGGUAGGCUGGAGCGUCAGAAGAUGGCCGAUCUUCCACAGGAUCGGCUUGUACCCGGCCCCCCUUUCACUGCCGUCGGUGUUGAUGCUUUUGGACCGUGGUCAGUUGUAACCAGGAAGACGCGAGGGGGAUCUGCAAGCUCAAAGAGGUGGGCGAUACUAUUCACCUGCUUGAUGACACGAGCGAUUUAUGUGGAAGUUAUUGAGUCAAUGUCCAGUGCUUGUUUCGUUAAUGCUCUUAGAAGUUUUGUGGCCUUUCGUGGAAACGUGGAAACGGACUGUGGCACCAACUUCGUUGGGGCAGUAAAAGAGCUCGGCAUUACCAGUAUCAAAGUAGGAGACGAACCGAUUUCUGAGUACCUAGAUGGAUCGGGUAUCGUGUGGAAAUUCAAUGCUCCCCAUUCCUCCCAUAUGGGAGGAGUGUGGGAACGAAUGAUAGGGCUUGUACGGAGGAUCCUGGAUUCUAUGAUGUCUAGUAUUUCGGCUAAAAACCUCACCCAUGACACACUUACCACCCUCAUGGCGGAAGUGUGCGCCAUCGUAAACUCUCGACCCGUGGCUUCGAUUUCCAAUGACCCAAACGCCCCAGAAAUUCUCAGUCCAGCGACACUAUUGAACCAAAAAAUAUGCUACCCGGAUCCAGUCGCGAAAUUGACUUUCUCUGAGAAGGACUUGUUUGUUUCCCAUUGGAAACAAGUGCAAAUUCUCUCCGAGAUGUUUUAG